UCUCGUGAUCGUGACUGUGAUUGUAGUUAUUCGGCUGUAGAAUCGGAAAUCUAUGCUUAAGAUUUUCUUAUCACUAAAGGAAUAGUUUCUGCUCAACGUAGAAGGUAUUUUCUCAUUGCAGCCUCUCAGAUAACAAUGUCGGAUCAAUGUACUACCCUUUCUCCGCUGCACUUCCCCAAGGAACUUUCAAUAUCGGAAACCAACUGCGUGGUCUGUAUGGACGAUGCCCGGAAGCCGGUAUUUUGUACGACUUGCAAGAAACUGCUCUGCUUCGACUGUAUGACGAAAUGUCAACGGGAAAACGGAUGUGCCAUCUGUCGAAGCAAAGAAUCCCAAGAAGCGUAUAGUGCACAAUGUGAUAAGUACAGCUGCGAGAAGCAUACGCUCCUACUGACGUUGGUUUGUACGGACUGCAAUAUGUGCAUUUGCAAACAGUGCAUGGGAAAAGAAUCGGAACACGCUUUGCAUGCUUUCAAAAACAUCGAUGACAUACGCGCAGAUCUAAAUCUAAAAAUAAGUAAGCUACAUGAAUAUCUGAAGAUGAUCGACGGAAUCGAAUCCAUAGGGAAGCUGGCUAACAACCUUGGCGAUGGUAAUCUGGUGAACAUUCGGAGCUUCGGAAUUGAUCAACUGCUGCGUACUAAAGUCAACCAACUCGUCAAGGAUGUUGAAGGAUUAGGGUUGAAACAUCUAAUCCAUCGUAGAAUUGAGAUAAAACAGCAGGUUGAAGAACUACUAAGCGAGAUUGGCAAAAACAAAGAGCAGGAACCGCAGACUAUUUACGACUUUUCAUUUUUCCCAAUGAACAUUGAGCUAUGGUCAAGCUCCCCGCAAACUUUGCAUGUCAGAAAAUUUGAUGACGGGCAUGGAAAUUUAUGGGAGUUCAAGAUGUAUCCCAAGUACAAGACAAUGCUCAAAACUAUACCGUACGUCUCAUUUAAUCUUACGUUACUAUCUGGAACCCCAGGCAGAUAUGAGUUGAAAAUCGACUGCAUCCAACCUAAGAUCCGCUUCCAAAAGGUCCUCGAAAUCAAAAGCAUUUCCGAUGCUUCUGGAAUUUAUAAAGUAUGGCCCAAUCUGGAGGAUCAGCACGAACUUGUUUUGAACGUAGGAUUAAGACCUACCAAUUUCAAGUAUCAUCUGCAGUGCGCUCGGCUAUACCGAGUAAUCGUGAACGAUCCCAACCGAAAGGACUAUGUGGAAACACUGUAUACGAUUGGAAAGAACUUUACCACCGGAAUCCAUAAUUUCUUCAGAGAUGAAACCGGCACUGUAUGGCGCUUCGUGCUAAACUCCUACGAUUAUGAGGGGCUUACAUACCUUUCGGCUUAUUUAGAGCAUUACGAUGGCGCAGUGGGACGAUUUGACUUUUUCAUUAAAAUCGAAAACAAACUGAAUAAACUGAAAGCCGUAAUCAAAAAGUUUACCAAGGACUUCAACUAUGGGCAUACUUUGCACAUCAAGAAGCUUCUUACAUUCCCGGCAGAGAACCAAGAAUACGUCUAUAGCAGUGCCACCCAGCUGCAGAUUGGCAUAAGACCGGCUGUGCAAAGCUCCAAAGUAGGCAUCAUUCAAAGGAUUUUCUCAAAAUGA